CUAAUAUCACGUAUGAUUGACAUUUCAAUUAUUAAAUUAAUUGGUUCGUCUGCGAUUUUCCAUCAAACAUGACUGAUUGAAGUCGCCUGUUUAAAAAAAAGAUUGAAUAAAAUAUUAUGUUGUUAAUUUUUAUGAUUUUUAUCGCGAUUCCACUCGUAACUUCAAGGCCAUAUUUCGAUGAUGACGUGAUCAGCUAUCGAUCUAGUGUUAUGGAAAAUGACAAGCCAAUACUCCGCAUGCCUGCUGUAUCAGAAUCAGAAGAAAAUGAGGAAGAUUCAGACAGAAGCGAAACGAAAAGUAUAGAGUAUACCGAAUCCAGAGAAAGUGAGGGGCCAGUGAAAGAUCUGACUCUUCUGGUUCAAUGGCUGCUCGAUAAUUUAAGAUAUGAUGCCCCACAAAGUCGUAAGGAUAAUGGGUGGCCGGGCACCACCAUGUUGAUCGAUGCGGAACCCAGUCCAAUUAAACAGAAUCAUAACAAUAUAUAUGAUUUAAUGGAGCCUAGAAUCAAAAUACCGGUACUGCAUGCACAGCCCGAUGAGGAAGUAAAAAUAGAAACGACAACUCAACCUGCAGAACCUGAAGUCACAACUCCGCCUUCUAUCAUAACAAUGACGAAGCUGAAAAAGAAGGUUAACCCUGAGCCCUUCUGGGUGACAGAUCUUAGAGAUUUCAUCAAAGACCUCACUACGAAGUUUGGCCAAGAGGACAUAGCGCAAUACACGAAACCUGUUAUUGCUUCGUUGGAGAAAAAACAUCAUGUUCAAAUCACAGAUAUAGACCUGGAUCAAUACGGUGAAAUUUUCAUUCACUACGUUCCAAAGAAAUCGAGCAACAAGAGAGAAAGGCCAGAAAGUCGAGCGGUGAGAUACAAGACGAAAAAAGAAGGAACGAAAACUAAAAUCAACUUUCUAAAUUCAAGAUGAAGUGAUUUUUUUAUUUUACACUGUAACUAUAGAACUGACAACAAAAUAUGUAACCAAAUAAACUAAGCUUUUUU